GGCGGCGCCAUGUUGCGGCCGGAGGAGGCGGCGGCGCUGGCGGCGCUGAGCGAGCGGCUGGAGGCCGAGGCCGCCUGCGCCGUGUGCCUGGAGCCGGCGGCCGAGCCGCUGCUCACGCCCUGCGGCCACGGCUUCUGCGCCGCCUGCGUGGCCGCCCUGCCGCGCGCCGCGCCCGCCGCCGCCGCCGCCUGCCCGCAGUGCCGCGGCCCGCUGCCGCCGGGCUCCUGCCGCCCCAACCGCCCGCUGCGCGACGUGGCCGAGGCGGCGGCCGAGGUGGCGCGGCUGGCGGCCGCCGCCGCCCGCCGCCCGCGCUGCGCCGCGCACGGCGAGCCGCCGCGGCUCUUCUGCGAGCGCUGCCGCCGCCCGCUCUGCGCGCUCUGCCACCAGGAGCCCGCGCACCGCGGCCACCCGGCCCUGCCCGCCGAGCAGGCCGCCCCGCGCCUCCGGGAGAUGCUUCAGAGCGAUUUGGUUUUCUUCCAAAAAGAGAAAGAAGAAUUUAAGCCAGAAGGAGAAAAGAAAAGCGAAGAGCUGAUGGGGACGGUGGCAUCGGAGAAGGAGAAGCUGCAGGCUGGAUUCCGGGAGCUGCAGCAGUUCCUGCGGGAGCAGGAGAGCGUUCUGCUGGCCCAGCUCGACGAGCUGCAUGGCGCGCUCGCAGCGAGGCGCAGCGAAUAUGUCAGCAGCGUUGCUGCGAGGAGGUUGUUGCUGGACACGCUGGUCGUGGAGAUAGAGAAGAAACGUGACCAGCCGGAUAUCGAGUUCCUUAUGGAUAUCGACAGCACCCUGAACAGCUGUGAGGCGGCGAAAGCCCCAAUCCCGGAGCUGGUUUCCUCGGAGCUGCAGAGGAGAGUUUGCAGCUUCUUCGAGACGGGCAAGCUGGUCAUGAAUGCCAUGGCUGAAUUCAAAGCGGAUCUGCUGAACAAGAUGGAUAGAGAAAGAGUGAAGGUGACCCUGGACCCAGAGACGGCAAGCCCUUACCUGAUCCUGUCGAAGGAUGGCAAAACCCUGCGUCUGGGGGAAGGACAGCAAAACCUCCCUGACACCCCCAAGAGAUUCACAGGCAGCCCCAGCGUCCUGGGCUCCCAGGGCUUCACGGCAGGGAGGCAUUACUGGGAGCUGGAGGUGGGGGACGGGGACAGUUGGGCCGUGGGGGUGGCCGUGGAGUCCGUGCGGAGGAAGGACUCGCUCAUCCUCGCCAUGGGAGGGAUCUGGGCCCUGCGGCUGGGCUGGGAUCGCCAGUACACGGCGCUGACCAUGCCCCCCACCCCGCUGGUCCUGGAGGAAGAGCCCCGGCGGAUCAGGGUCCACCUGGACUACGAAGCUGGUGAAGUGACCUUCUACAAUGUUGAAAACAUGACACAGAUCUUCCAGUUCAAGGCCUCCUUCACUGAGAAGGUCUUUCCGUACUUUUGGCUCUGGUCAGCAGGAUCCUAUAUCCAGCUGUGUGCCUGAGGGGGUUGGACGCCUCCUGGUCCCCUCCCUACCUGUUUGCUUAGCUGAGCAUGAGGGGUGCGUGGCGAUGAUGGAGCAUUGCAAUGUAAACUCCCCGCACGUUUGCUUGGGCUGGCUUACGUCCACACGCUGCUGCUACUGCCCCUGCUAAUCUGUCGGAGCAUUAAAGAUGUAUUUGGCCUA